AUGGCGUGUCGGGGGCUGCCGGACCUGGGGCGUCCUCCCGGGGACCAGCAGCCUCGCGCCCCUGGCCGCUCGUCGGGGCACCCGCGUGCUCGCCCUACCCGGGACUCGGAACCCAGUGGAGCACUUUUCCACUGCCCGCCCGGCUUCGCUUCCCUCCAGCUGGGCCCACGUGGCUCCCUGGUUCUGGUUGCGACCCCAGUUUAUGAGUGCCCACCCGAGGGGGUGGGAAAAGUGGAUCCUUCGCAAGUGAGGGGAAGGUGCGAUUCAUUUUCCCAGACAACCAAUGGAAUACCUCUCGUCUCUCUUCCCUCCCACCCGCUGGAGGCAGAAGUUAGGCUCGCGCCGUCAGGCUUGGCCUGUGUGCACACGCGAGUGCGAGAGGGCGGCGGCGGUGGAGCGGGCACGGAAGGCAGACCUGUGCUCCUGCUCCUGUUCUCUCUGCGCCUCGGCCUCUCCCUCCGAGGGCCCCGGAACACGAGUGUGAGGCGCUGUGUAUCCAUUCAAACAGGAAUGGCAGCUCUGAGGCUCCCCUCUGCGCCCCCGGCAAAGCAUCCAUCAUUCUGA